GGGCUGCCCUGAGCUAAAAUAAUACUGAAGGGAUGGGGCGAGAGAGAGAAGAAUCCACCCCAGCAGUACGGUGCAUCCUGCCUCGGAAGUAUCUGUGUUGUUUAAAAUCCGAAGCUGUCAGUGACAAUGACCAUCUUCAUCAGCUUUACCGUAUAAGAAGAAUAAGCUGAUGUUUUGCCCCACUAAGACUUGUGCUGAAGGGUAGCUAGGAAGGUUGCUUCCCUUGCCAUUUGCAGCUGAAAGCAAGUCGACCUUGGGAGAGUGCUUUGCACAAUGUUUUCUUAUUGUUUUUGAAGACAUUCCAGCUGCCCAGUGUCAGUCUUUCAUUCACAACAAAGCUCUACGGAACUGAGUUAUGUCAACAGCUGCUUUGAUUACUUUGGUGAGAAAUGGAGGUUGUCAAAUGAGGAGAGUGCUGCUAACGCCCUGCCUUUUGCAAGACAGCAAGUGUGUGACUGCUGUGCGCCUCAGCUCUACGACUCAACGCAGGGCUUCCCGCUUCGACCCUGAUGGCAGUGGGCGGCCCGCCACGUGGGACUCCUUUGGUAUCUGGGACAACCGGAUUGAUGAGCCCAUCCUUCUCCCACCAAGCAUAAAAUAUGGGAAGCCCAUUCCCAAGGUCAGCCUGGCCAAUGUGGGCUGUGCCACCCAGAUUGGCAAGCGGAAGGUGAACGAGGACCGCUUCAAUUAUGCUGAGCUGACUGACAGCGUCCUGUAUUUUGCAGUGUAUGAUGGGCAUGGCGGGGCAGCUGCAGCUGAUUUCUGUGAUAAGUACAUGAAGAAGUAUAUUGAAGAAUUUCUUCCUCAGGAGGAGAACUUGGAGAUUGUGUUGACCAAAGCUUUUCUAGAAAUAGACAAAGCAUUUGCAAGACAUGCUCACUUAUCUGUGGAUGCAACCUUGCUGAAUGCUGGGACCACUGCAACAGUGGCCCUGCUGCGAGAUGGUAUUGAACUGGUUGUGGCCAGUGUUGGAGACAGUCGGGCACUCUUGUGUCGAAAGGGAAAGGCUGUGAAGCUCACCAUUGACCAUACUCCGGAAAGGAAGGAUGAGAAGGAAAGGAUAAAGAAAUGUGGUGGCUUCAUAGCCUGGAAUAGUUUGGGACAACCUCACGUGAAUGGGAGGCUUGCAAUGACACGUAGUAUAGGGGACCUGGAUCUGAAGAGCAGUGGAGUGAUAGCACAGCCAGAAACUAAGAGGAUUCAGUUGCAUCAUGCAGGUGAUAGCUUUCUGGUCCUUACUACAGAUGGCAUUAACUUCACGGUGAACAGUCAAGAGAUAUGUGACUUGAUUAACCAGUGCCAUGAUCCUGCUGAAGCAGCCCUUGUUGUUACUGAGCAGGCAAUACAGUAUGGGACUGAAGAUAACAGCACCUCUGUCAUCGUGCCAUUUGGAGCCUGGGGGAAGUACAAAAACACUGACGUCAGCUUCUCCUUCAGCCGUAGCUUUGCCUCGAGUGGGAGGUGGGCAUGAGAACCCACUGAAGUUAUUCUUUUCCAUGCAAUGGCUUGUAUGCAGCAAGAUACAGGAGAACACAUCCAUUUCUAUGUUGACUGUGUCUUGUCCACCUCUUUCCCAGAAUUGUACACAACAUGAGACUUACUGCUUCCAGGUUAGGGAACAAGCCCUUGUCACUUACAUUUUCCCACUUUUUAUUUAUUUUGGCCAGAGUUCAGGCAGCUGUUUGUGUUUCUCCUCCUAGGAGACGUGUAGCUUGUGUCUCCCUGUUCACAAAUGACUAGAUGCUGGACUUUCACACGUUAAAUGCUUCCUGCCUAAUGUGUGUUUUGUACUGACUGCUGUAUUUAGUGUCCCUGGUUAUUUAGCAGCUGUAAAGGACUGGUAUGAUGUAUUCUGAGCCAUGUGCUCUUCACUUUGUGAGACAGGUGAGCAGUGCACAACAAUUAUGAGAAGACAAGUCUUCCACUGGUAUAGAGGCACCAAAAGUUCCUCUGCGCUUCAGGAGAAGCAUGUGAAAAAUAGUGGCGUAGCUGUGAGAAAAGUGUCAGGAAGCAGCUCUUCUGUGCCAAUAUGAGCCAAACAGUAGAAUAAGUUUUUUCCCAAAGUCCACAUAAAUGAAUUCUGGUCUGUAGAAAACUACCCCUUGACUUCCAUGCACUGUGACCUUUUGAGUGUAAAUGCAUGUGCAGGAAAGGAGCCAGUGAUGACAUGGCAACUUAGGUGUAACAUGGGACAGACCUAAUGUCUGUGCCACCGGUACCAUCCUCUCUUUGGCCAGUGUGUGAUUUGAAGACCAUAUUACACCCCUGUACACAGUGGCAUUGAAAGGAAUAGGUGGCAGAUCUGUAGGGGAGCAAAAACAAUGUUUUUUCAAACCCAGAGACAGGGUAAGAGUGGAUUCCUUUUUCCUAAAGGAAGUAAUUUCAGUCUAUCUCAUUUUCUAAUAGAAAGCAGGGUGGGGAGAUUUUUCACUUUUCUGAAAGACAAUAAAGGUAUGGGGGCUUUUCAGCUGUCUGGGAUGGGAUCUAGUAAGUUAAUCCUUUCUUCUUUGCCAGCUGACUGGUUACUAGAUGCUUUUAGAUGCAUAAAGUAGACUUUCCCCUUUUCAGUUUUUUUUGACUCUCUGAAUUUGCUCAGGGCCUUGUCACACGUUCACUUGCAACAGUUGGAAAUCAUUAGUGACCUAUUAAAGUUAGUACCUGUUAAGAGCAAACCUUCACUGAAAGGGAACAACUUGGCAAUGCUGUGAGAGCACUUAACACAUGUUAAAAACUGCUUGUGUUUUAACUGUACUUAGUAAGUAUUAAGUUGAACAUGUGACAUCACCCUCAGAUUCCCAAACUGAAGUGUAACUGUGGGAAGGGGGGCACGUAGGGGUAUGUCUUUAAGCAAAGAGUGCCCCUUUUUCUUAUCCCUGUUUUUAAGGUGGAAGAAGAAACUAUGGGAGUCUGUGGUAGAUUAGGCACAAAGGGCCAAAUCUGCAGCUGGCUCAAACUUUCAGAACUCCCAUUGACUUCAGUGAAACUGCACUCAUUUACACCAGCUGAAGAUCUGGGUUAAAGUGCCCUGUUCUGGUCUCAGGUUCACUGAUACGCACCCCUCCCCCUUCCCACCACUGUAAAAACAGUGUAAUUAAAGGCAGGCAGGGAAAAACUGGCAUCUUCUCAAUAGUUUUGCUGUGAUAUUUUUCAUGCUAUUAAAUUGUUUCUGGCAAGAAAGGUUCUAAAAUUGAACUGUCACCUUAUACUAAGGGAGAGCAUUGCUGAGUUGCCCGGUGAAACACUUACUACAAUGUGAACUGUGGGCCUCUGUCACUUUUAAUCUUUCCCAUGCCACACCUGAUCUCACCAUUCCAGAUGUCUGAAGGCCUAUGACCAUUCUCUGGACAGGCAUACUUAGUAUUGCUCUGAAAGCAUCUACAAUUUUGCAUAGGGAGAGUGCCCUGGUCUUGUCUCAUUACUCAAUGUAUUAUAUGGUGUACAUAAUAUGUAUAUUGGUUUUAUAAGUGUGUGAAACAAUAUUUGUAAAUAUCCAGUGCUAUUGCCUAAGUCUAUGUCACAGGUGUAGUACAAUUAUAAGCCCUCUGUUUCAUAUAUUCAAAAGAUUUGCAGUUAAUCUUAAUCCAAAGGAAAAUGUUUGGUUUUCCAAAGUUGUGAGCCCAGUUUUGCUUCCCUGAAGCAGAAGAGACAUUUUCAGUGUCUAUCAGUAGAGUAGAAGCAGGGGCUCAUUUGGAACAAGUGUCUCUCUGGGUUAACUGUAUUUGUAGUACUGUUGGGAGAACUUGCCUUAUUUUGAGCCCUGAGGGUGACAUCCUGACACUAUUGAAGUCAGUGGAAAUGUUGCCAUUGAUUUCAGCAAGGUCAGAAUUUCAUCCCUGGUCUUUAUUAGCACUUCUAGAAAAUGGAUACACUAAAAUGCAUAGGCUGAGAGUGAGGCUUUAGAAAUGGCAUGUGUGUAUGAGAGAGAGACUACUAACUGUUGAGCCCUACUAAAGAUGUUUAAUAUAUGUUAUGGAUAGAUAAUAUGCAUGUAGAGAGCAUCUUCAUGUGUAUGCCACUAUCCUAAAUGCACAGCAUAUAUUGAUUACUGCCUUGUGAAUGUGCUGAUGUAGUGAGGAAGGGACUAAAUGCUACAGUGGGCAGUUCUGUUAGACUUGUUCCCCAAAGCAAAUAUGGCCUUGGUGAGACCCUGCUUAAUCUCUAGUGAAUAUUUGACCACAUGCCAAAACCCUCCUUGUACUGCGCAGUGGUUUUGGUAUCAAGUGAUAGACUCACACUAGCAGAAGUCUAGUGCAAAAUUUGUGGACAAAGCGCAUUGACACUUUCUCCUUCAUUUUUAUCCUCUGGCCCGUUAGCCAUAGAUCUGGUCUGAAGAUAUCACAAAGGCUUAGGAAUUUAGUGGUGCACACCCAUUUUAUUUUUAUAUAUUUAAUUUUUUUGUAAGUGUUAAAGUUUGAAUAGUAUUAGACAUUUUCCAGACUGAGCCCAUCCUAUUAAAUCGCUGGUGGGUAGUGAGAAAUUCUGCACUUCAAGUGCUGGAAUAAAAAAGCAUGGUAACUCAAAGAGUAUCUUGGGGAUAGGUUUAAGUUUGCCCUCUGGAAUGCAAGUUCGUGAUCUAAUUGUGUUCCCUGCAUUUUACUACAUCUCUUUCCUGUGUCUUAUCACUGAAUAUUGUAGAGAAUUAGAUAUUUUUGCAGUUUUGUUGGUUGGUGCUCCUCUGAGAGCAAUGAUUUGCGGGGGUUUUUAUGUUAGAAAGGAGAUAGAAAAGAAGGGACAUGAUGAAACUGCAGAACAGUACGAGUUGAAGAUAAAGGGCUCCCAUUAACCAUUUCUUAUGAGCAACAAAGGGAUAUUUAAUACUAUAGAAGGGCAGCAAAUUUAAGACUAAUAGAAGGAAUUAUUUGUUAAAACAAAUACACAGUUUGUCUGUGGAACUCCUUAGAUGUAUUUGAAGACAAAGGCUUAGUAGGAUUUCAAAAGGGUUAGGCACAUUAUAGAUAGAAAUUUUACAGUUGUAUCACCUGGGGGUGUAUUUAUACAAUAUAUACAGGUCUACAUAUGUAUAAUAAGGAAUAUCAGCACUCAAGACUUUGAAGCACAAGUCAUUUGCUGAGUGACAGGUGUUAGGAAGAAACUUUUCCUGUGGACAGGUAAUUGCAUAACUGCCCAUCAUGGAGUUUUUGCCACAGUCUUCUGAAGCAUAGAGUUACUGUUGGUACAAAAUACUGGACUGAAAUGUCCUAUGGGUCUGAAUUGGGCAAUUACUACGUCCUCAUUU